AUGUCGAAAUAUGGCUUUGUGGCCUAUUUGCAGGUUAAACUGAGAAAUGGAGAGUACAUAACUUCUUUAGCCGGAUAUCUCAAAAAUGCAAAGGAUAGUGGCACUCUAAUCAACUCACUCACAUUUCGAACCACCAGAAGAAUAUUGGGACCCAUUGGUAGAGAGGAAGGCGAGUACUUCUCCUUACCACUAGAAGCUGGGAAAGUUAUUAGCUUUUUCGGGACAAGUGGUGAUUUUCUUGAAUCUAUCGAAGCACACGUAGAGCUGUACUCCAACAAGCUCUAUCCCUUCAAGUCUGUGGGGUUAUUUGGGAGUUCGGAUGCAUCUUUUUGGGAUGAUGGCAAUAAGCAUACCAAUGUAAGGAAAAUCGUUGUUGAAUUUCAAGUAGAUACAGGGCCAUGGAUCCGAUCAAUCACGUUUCAGUAUGAAGAGGAGAGUAAAGAAUUGUGGCAAUCAGGGACGCAUGGUGGCUUUGAUAUAAACUACUUCCACAUAGUACGGAAUGUCGAGAUCCAUACGAUCAAAAUAGAUGAUCCAGAUGAGUAUUUGACUUCAAUAUGCGGGUGUUUUUCUGAUGAAGGCAUUAGGUCACUCACGUUUCAAACUAACAAAAAAACGAUUGGACCUAUUGGUGAUGAAAAUGGGGCAACACACUUCUCAUCUCCCGCAACGGGUGGCAAAAUUGUUGGAUUUUAUGGGAGGAGUAUAGUACAUCUUGAAGCAAUUGGAGCAUAUUUUGAACCGAUCUCACAUCUCUACCCAAUUAAAUCAAUUGGGCCAUUUGGAGGCCUUGGGGGACGUGCUUGGGACGAUGGGAAAUUCACCGGUGUAAGGGAAAUUGAGGUAAUGUACGACAAUAUUCUCCGUUACGUUAUGUUUGUGUACGACAAGAGCGGUGAACAAAUUUACUCAAUUAUGCACGGUGGCUACACUAGAGAAGACAAGGCCAAGGUCACUAGGGUUUACACGUUGCUCUUCACAGUUGUUCUCGGCUUCAUGUAG